AUGAAAGUGUAUUUGAAGGAAUACUAUGUCCUGGGCAUGCCGAAUGAAUUUGUUGAGCCUUUAGAUUUAGCAAAGAGAUUGAGAACAAAGAUAUGCACACCAGUAGAUAUACUUAGAAAAGUAAAAUGCAUGAUAACACCUCUCAGCAUAAAUAGAAGCGAUGUUAGAGAAAUACAGCGAUUAUCAAACUAUUUAUAUCUCAUUUCUACUAGGAACAAAAUAUUUGUGUCUCUGGUGUUUAAUAUGGACAUGGCUGAUCAGUUAAUUGAUUUUAAAACGAUUAUUAUUCACAAAGUUUAUGAAGGAAUAUAUUAUCAUGUGGAUGUUUGCUUAUGA